AUGGCAUCUAAGACCUUGAUUGUACAAAUUGUUACCUUAUGCUCCAUUUUUUUGCCACUUUCAAAUUCUGCAGAUCUCAAUUAUCCUGCAGUUUUCAACUUUGGUGAUUCAAACUCUGACACUGGUGAAUUUGCUGCUGGUAUGGGUCUGCUCAUAGGCCCUCCUAAUGGACAGAAAUUCUUCAACACUUCUUCUGAGAGGGAAUGUGAUGGUCGUCUAAUUGUAGACUUUCUCAUGGAUGGACUGGGUCUUCCGUUUCUAAAUUCCUAUUUGGAUUCAAUCGGAGAGCCAAGUUUCCAAAAAGGGUGCAAUUUUGCAGCUUCACGCUCUACUAUACUCCCUGCAACUGCACCAUCACGCCCAUUUUCAUUUGGAGUUCAGGUGGAUCAGUUCAUCAGAUUUAAGACCCGGCUUCUUGAAUUGCUAGCUAAAGAUACAAAUAUUGGUAAGUAUGUACCAACCGAAAGCUCUUUCCAGAAGGGGCUAUACAUGUUUGAUUUAGGCCAGAAUGAUCUGUCUGUUGCAUUUUUAAACAAAACAUUGGAUGAGAUACUUGCCUCGAUUCCUACCAUUUUAUUAGAAUUCGAAACAGGAAUAACGAAAUUAUAUGACCAAGGGGCCCGGAAUUUCUGGAUACACAAUACCGGUCCUAGUGGAUGUUUGCCUGCCAUACUCUCCCUAUUUGGAACCGACCCAUCAAAGCUCGAUGAACUAGGAUGUGUCAGCUCCUUCAAUAAAGCUGCCAAAGUUUUCAAUCUGCAGCUUCAUGCUCUCUGUAAAAAAUUGCAGGGUCAAUAUGCAGAUGCAAAUGUUACUUAUGUGGAUAUUUUCGCCAUAAAAUCCAAUUUAGUUGCAAAUUACUCUCAAUAUGGUUAGUAUCUCUUAGAGAUUAUGACUAUGUUUGUUGUUCUGAUUUCACUCACUGAUCAAGUAGAGGACAGAUAUUUUGGCCUAUCAUAACUGUUUGUUUUUGACUGGCAAUGCUGAACUGCAAAGAAAAUAAUUCACCACAACUAUGUUUUUUCGGCUGCCAUACAGACUACCAUCCACUUAUACCACAUUACGUUUCUUCUACCAAUAUGUUAUGAUGGCCCUCAACUUCAUCUGCCACAUAAGGUUUUCGUUUAUGGCUGUAUUAAGAAGCUCUUGAUAUUGACUUUGUUGUGAACAACAAUGUGCAGGAUUUAAACAACCUAAGAUGGCUUGCUGUGGUUAUGGAGGUCCACCAUUCAACUAUAAUAUUGAAAUUACUUGUGGUCAGACAAAGGUUUUAAAUGGAACUUCAGUCACAGCCAAAGCUUGCAGUAACAGUGCUGAGUAUAUCAGUUGGGAUGGUGUUCAUUUCACAGAGGCAGCAAAUAAAUAUGUUGCUUCGCAAAUACUUACAGGGAAAUAUUCUUCACCACCCUUCUCAGAUAAAAAAUAUGUUUACUUCUGAAGAUCAAGUUUUAAAAGGAACAACAUUUAAAAUUAUGCUACUAACUGUAAGCCUAACAAGAACCUGAAAUGGUACUAUUCUAUGCCAGCAUUGGCAUUGGACUCUCAAAAACUACUUAUAGUCUUUGCAGUUACUAUGUAUUUGUUUUUAUA